AUGAUCCUUCCAAUUGCACUCAACAACCAGAAGACACUGCAUCCACUUGAAAUGACACCAACCAAACUCAAGGGCCACAAAAUGUCACAUCAUAUCAAUUCUCCCAAUCAAACUCAAGAACCAAAAAAUCCCUCAUCUACUCGCAAUGAUUCUUCUGACCAAAGGCAGGGACCAGGAAGCAUCACAGCCGCGCUAAAUGACCCCCCCAACCAAACUCAAAUGCUGAAAGGCCCCCCAUCCACUGGUCAUUAUUUGAGCUCUCCAUCUGGUCAAGAUGAUUAUAUCGCAGGAACACUUCUUACUCUCAUGUCAAAAUUUUUUAGCCACAUGACAAACAUGCUCCAGGAAAAUCUGGCUCAGAACCAAGCAGAUCUUAAACAGCUGAUGAACAACAUUAGAAUUCAAGGGACCUCCUCAUCCUGGAAAUGCACAGACUCACGCGGCCACAAAAUUCCCUUCAAAGAAGACCAAGCAUAUUGA